AUGAGCAGUCCUAUUCUGCUGACGCACGCGGUCGCAGCCGGUCGCGUAGUUCACAUCAGAGAUGACGAUCAAAUGACUGACACGUGCUUCCGGUUCCUCGUUUCUGCCAACGAAAGAACGAGCAUUCCCCGAUGCGCGACGUUUAAGUGCACGCAGAGUGGAUCAAGAAAGGGAAAGAGGGGUAAAGAGACGAGAAAAAAGAAACGAGGAGGAGACCGAAGUGACGGAGACAAACGCAGAGAUCGCGACGUAGAGAACGUAAGAAAGAAACGGGAGAACCGAUCGCGCAUCCGACAGCAACAUAACCAGGUAGGCCUUGAACAACUCGUGGGACCCACGCGCGCACGGCUCUCUAGGAGUGUUGGCUCGUAUAUAGAGGCAUUCUCGGUUGGCGCUGCCGGGCAAAAGCAGAUAAAUAACUCAGUUUCCUGCCCUCGGAUUGCCGAUCGUCCCGCGGACCCAUUUUCGGACCUACCGAACUCGACGAUGGACUCACCAGCCCGGCUGCCGCUGCCGCUGCCGCUUCUGCUGGACUCGAUCGGAGCCCUCGAAGAGGCAUCUAGCCGUCAAAAGUCGGUCGUCAGGACUUCUGGGACGUCCGGGACGAAUCGUUCGCCGAUCGCGCGCAGUCAGGAGACUCGGGCGGGUCUAGAUACCGUCGGAUUUGAGCUUACAGAGUUGUCUCGCAUCGUCCUCCUGCAAGCAAUCGUUCCAGAAUCCAGUCGCAGCCAGGCAUCAUGUCAGUGUGGAAAUACAUAAUUACAUAGAAUUACGGUAUAAAUUGUGUUAAAUCAAUGUUAAUCGCUGUAGCGACGUGGGGUAUUAUAAUAAAUACAUUAUUUUAUGUA